AUGCGUUCCCAACAAUGGGUUUGCCAUAUGUUUGAGGAAAGUGCAAAGUUGGGCAAAGCGAUAUUAAUCCUGCCAGAACGUACACCGCUGACAUUGUAUGUGAUAGGUGGAUUGGUGUCGUCUCGAACGCUAGACUCUCCACAUGUAACAAAGACGGUGUCCGGUUGUGUCAGUGUGGUUCACCAGCCAUUCGAUCUCCCGAAGUUGGUGUUAAGAUCUGAGCGAUGUCUGGUCAUUUUGCCAGCAGUGGAGCACGCUCUCGAUCUGCUUUUGUCGGCUAUACACGAUGAGCUGGCUUCGUGCUUUGAUACGUGCCUAGCGGUUGAAGAUGAAUCGUUUUGGGCUCAAGUGGCUCCAAUGAUCCGGCUCGAGCAGGACUACGAUACAGAAUUACCUGGUAUGGUUUGUAGAGUUUAUAUGCGAGAGGAAUCACCAUGGGUCCUGAGCGUUGUGGUCGUUCCAAUGGCAUCUCAAAGCAUAGAAGUACUAGAUGCUAUACCUCUGUUAUUCUGCCUCUGUGACGAGCCUCUACUGGCAGCCGAUCUAGGCAAGCGUAAUUCACCACCACCCGAACGCAUUCUUGAUCGACGAUACUCAUGCUCACCAUCGGCAAAAUCGCAGGAUGAAGAGAAAGAGAUCGCAGUCCCUUCAAUUGAAUGGGUGUCCACCACACGAUGUCUGGAUGUGUUGAGAGAGAAUUAUAAGCCGGGCUGUCUCUCAUCUGUUAUUAGCGAUGUUGACGAAACAGUUAUCAACAAAGCCGUGGUAUCGGCCUUAUAUACGGCUGUGAAAAAUGGUAUUAUAAUGGAUCAGGCUGUCGUACGUAGUAUUCUGGACGAGCAAUGUGAAUGUGUAAGCUUGGAAGUGAGCGGCUUGGCAAGGAGUCUCAACACCUUCUGUUCGCAUUUGAAUGUUGAGGGGCACCGUCAUUCGAAGACUUCGUAUUGCGGCGAAAGUAAAGCUCAAUUGAACUUUUCGAAUAUGCUACGCGGCACUUUCAAGCAAGUUCCCGGACUACCGUACUUCUACUAUACACCACAACGCAAAGAGAGCGAAGGAAGAUUCCCUGGCAAGUGCGAGCUGGCCUUUUUCGAAGGCUUGUUCAGUGAUCAAACAGCUCGAGGAUAUGAUACUGCAAUCACAGACCGGAGGCUAAGUGAUGCUCGUGUACCGGAGGAUACAGUCUCGUCUACUGGAUCACUGCGACGAAGCGAUAGGCCGGUAGAUCAAUUCCGGUUGCGUCAUGCGUUAAACGCGGAAAAGGAAAACGGAAAAUAUAGGAACGGCGACGAUAAACAGUCAAGAGCGCUUGGCUACGGUCGUGAUUAUCCGCUCUUCAUCUACUUUAUGUGUUCGGUUGAGUAUCCAGAUCGAUCAAUGGAUACAUUUCCUGUGACGUUCCUACCAACCUGCAUCAAGGAAGUACUUCGUGGAGGAGUAGGGCAGGCUGACUCUAAUAUCGGUACGUUAAAGGCGUUGCGAUUAUCUGAGACAGAUGUAAAGAGCGUGGUGGUCCGUUUGGAUUUGUACGUGAUGACAUGGCCGAGCGAGAAGAUCAAGAAAACUCACCCUCAAGACGAUAGUGACACGGAUACCGACGAGGACACUCACACUCAGCGUCAGAUGCGAUUCCUCGAAAAAAUGCCGAAGAAGGAAAGAAUGGUCAUAGGGGAGUUGAUGAAUCGGCUGAAUCGUCUCGUCGAAUUAGAGAUGGUGCUUAUGGACAGUAGGAAAUUGGAAAUUACUGAGGAAAAGAUCAGGAAAAUUUCGGCCUAUAUUGAUCACGAGUACACGAGAGAGAAAGCGUUCAAGACUGGUCAGGUUGAGACUCGCCUGCGUCGUUGUCCUCUAGUGAUACAGAGCCCUGAAGCGGUGAAUCGGCUGAAGGCAAGGCUGAAUCAGAUGCAUUUGGAAUACUGUGUGAUGCGUCGAGUAGAAGGAUCGAAUCUGUACUACUGCUGUCAGGUCGACGAUGUUCAGGCGUUUGAGCGUUAUUCAAGGCAGAACAGCGGAAGUAAAAAUGAUGGGAGCGAUACAAGCGAUAUAUUGAGGAAAGACCAAUUGUUCGAUUUCUGGGUGAUACUUAUCAUCGAUGACAGUAUUAAGUUGCAGUUUUGUCAAAGGGAAAAUGGUUGUCACUACCGUAUAUUUGACCUUGCUUGGCGUAAAUGCCGUCAGACGAUUCGAGUUGUGAAUCAGGAGAUGUUGUUGAGUCGUAUGUUUGAACUGAGGGAAUGUGAUUCGCUGCUGAUGACAGAUGUACAGCUCAACUGGUCUGGUGAUAUGAUUUUUCGCAAGUUUGAUUUAGAUCGAGAAAUCGAUGAUCACCCGGUCAUUCUGUUGGCUAUUUGA